UAUCAUAAUUGGGACUGAAAAUAACAAGGAUCAUCAGUAUUUAAAUUUUUAGUAUUUUUAUUUAUAAAAUUUACAAAAUAAUAAAGACACUUAAUCGGAUGACAAAUUAAAGUUUAUUAUUAACAUUUAUAUGUUUUCGAAUUAUUUGAUUAUUAUUUUUAUUUAGUUUACGUUGAGUUGUACUGUUUCGUUUGUAAAAUGCUACAGGACAAGCAGACCUCGAGCUCGGAGUCGGAGUCUGAGAGGGAACUGCAUGUUCAAGAAUUGGUUUUACCGAAAAGUUGUAUCCUUAAAGCAAUUGAUUCGAUGUUACAAUCCGAUAGCGUGAACAACGACCAGGAAGUUAAGAACAUGAAAUCUGUCUACAGCCGGAAAGUAUCCAUGGAGAUGGGUGCCCAGUGCUAUGAUCACUCUGUCUUUCCCGAUUAUAACGGCCGUAGUGUAGACAAUGUGUUUUUGAGCAACAGUCUUCGACCAGUAAUGCUCGAAAUGCGAUUGGCUUUGCUAGCUGGAGAUUGGGAUAAUUAUAAAGAAUUAUUAUUGAUGUUGUUCAGCUCGCCUAACGUGUCCAAUAAGCAUAUAAUGUUUUUAAUUCGGUCGUGUUUUGUGUUGAUGUUAAGUCACCCAAAACGCACACCCGAAUUAUUAGAUCAAUUUAUGUGUUCGUGUUUAAAUAUAAACGAAGAAUCAAGAAGGUUGCAGUACUUGGAACAAUGUUUUAAACUUAUAGAAACUCGCGCCGAUGACCUAGACAAUAUUAGUGAAACCAGCGAAGAAGAAAUGUUAUUUUAUUCUGACAUUAGUAAUUCAGACAGUGACUGAAUAUAACACAUAGCCUUAAUCUUUUUUGGUUAUAUUUAAUUUAUACAAUUGUUAGAAUUAUGUGUAAGUAUAUUUGCUAACGAUUUUAUAUUUACAGUAGUGUGUGUGAGAAAAGUUAAGAGACACUUUAUUGUAAUUAAAAUGUUUGUUUUGUUUUGUUUAUGAUGUACUUUUGUUAGUUAUGGCAAGUUCAAAAAGUUAACUGUUAGGUUAUGUUUUAUUAUGAACCUAAAAUUUAAGUACACUUUUCAAAUAUUUGUAUUCACUUUUUUUUUUGUUAUUAUGGAAAAAGUAAAAACAUUGCUUUUUUAAAGUUAAUUUUUUACUUAAACCUAUUGACAUAUCUGGUGUACAAGUAUCCCAUCACUUUAAAGAUGUUUCAACUUGAAUAAAGUUUAAAAAAAUGUUGUAGUA